GUCACGACAGCUGGAUGCCAGAACAGAGACUGCAUCCCGGUCUGAAUUGCGUUGUUAGAGAUUUUCCAACAGGAUUUUGUUGGUUUCAAACAACAGGUGAGCUUAUAGGUUUGUUGAUUUGAGUGUCGAUAAUCAAGGGUGAUUUACAGGGUGCGUUUCUCGAAGCGGUAUCAUGUAGCAGAUGUCGAUUACUUGCAGAAUAAGAAAAUAACCCAACUUUUCAUUCACUAGUCUCUGCAGGUGUAUUUGAAUCACUGAUCAGCGUCCCAUUUAAUACGAUCCGCGCUCUUGGAAGUCCGUUUGUGCUAAAUGUAAAAGGGCUUGGUCGUUAAAGGUGCUUUAAGCUGUUGUUAUCGGUUCAAAUGUAUAUGCAUGCAUGGCAUCGCCUUAGUAAUGUAUAUAUAUAUAUAUAUAUAUAUAUAUAUAUAUAUAUAUAUAUAUAUAUAUAUAUAUAUAUAUAUAUAUAUAUAUAUAUAUAUAUAUAUAUAUAUAUAUAUAUAUAUAUAUAUAUAUAUAUUUAUAUAUAUAUAUAUACAUUAAUUUCAUUGUAGUUACUGCUCGACAAUUUACUGAACUCUGUAUCUCAGUUGGUUAGAGCGCUGCACCGGAAUCGCAAGGUCGCGCAGGUUCGAUUUCUGCUAGAGGGACUUUUGGCAGCUACUCCUGGUUAGGUCUUGAUAAAAAUGUACAAAACGCACACUCGGAAUUUUCAUUUACAACAUCUUUAUUGCUGUCUGCAUGUGGGGUCGCAGUAAUUGGAAAAACCUUGUGGGCAAUCCUCUGGCGGUACAUUGACCAUUGUUGCAUGUGAACUAGAUAGUGCCGAAUCACAACAAAACGUGAAAACAGUUAAAUUCGACACAUGAAUUGUUAUUCCACUGCGCCAUGAGAAUUAAUUGUUCGCGGCAGCGACUGGUAAAACUUCAGUUUAUACUGUAAAUCAGCGUUUAAUAUCAAACUAGUUCCGAUGUUAGAGCAUUCAUAUUUUUGCUGAAUAAUGUGAAUUUAAAAUAAUCAAUUUAGCUCGAUCGCCCGGAUCCGGCCAUGGGUUUUAAGUGUGUUGGCAUAAUGACCAUUUUAAACUAAAUUUAUUUAUACUGGAUAUUUCUAUCAGUUCUCAACUGUCCUCCCAAUAUGAGGUAAGAGCUUUUCCGUCUAUUAGACCACUAGCUGUUACUGCAGCCUGCAGGAGGAAAGAAGUUACCCGGAAAUCGAAAAACCUACUAAGCACAAUGUCAACACCAUGCAGAAAUGACAAUAGAUAGCUUAAGAUCUACGACGUCGACGUCAUCUAGGACGUUAGGGCUAAGCAGAGGACUGGGACUAGGACGUCGUCCUAAAUAAUAAACCUCCACUUAAGAUUCACGACGUGGAUUGAACUAUAAAUAUUUACAUCCUUUUGAAAAUGAAUUUAAAAGAGACACGCGAACUAUUACCGUUUGUUAUGCUCUUGUAUUUACGACUCUUGUUGUGAGGUUGUCGACGUUUGGUGCACGACGAGCAAAUUGAGAGAGACACAUGCACACUUCAAAAACUAUUACCAAUUUACUUCCGCUUGCCGCCCUAAAUAUUUGAUGUCCUGAGAUAUUGAGCUAUCGACUUGUUUAGGACGACGUCCUAGACCCAGUCCUGUGCUUAGCCCUGACGUCCUAGCUGACUUCGACGUCGCAGAUCUUAAGCUAUCUAAUAUUUCGAUAGAAAUUUAAUGUUUUCCUCUCAAACAUGCAAUUCUAAAAAGGGUUUAACUGCAGUGAAAAGAUAUGAUUCUCUAAACAUUUGUGUCAUCCAAUUUUCAAUAAUAAAUAUAAUUGUAAACAAGAAAGUCAAAGUCUGUGUUUAAAACAUAAUUUUCCAAGCAUAUUAUCGUGAAACGACUAGAAAAUGGAACAUUUUGAAACAGCAUACCUUCUCAUUAUUGUCCUUUUAGUAGAAAAUCGUUGACUAAAUCCAAACAGAUUUACCUUUAUUUCUUUUUCAUCGGCAAGACAAGUGAAUACGGAGGCGAGGUAUGAGGAGGCAUUCAGUUACCAUACAAGAAGUUUGUAUAUAUCGAAUGGUUCUUCAUAAUAUUAGUGCAUUAAAGAGUUCAAAAUUUGUCAGAGGAUAGUCUAGUUUUGAAUGCAUGAGGACGAUACAAACUGGCAUUUCUGGUAUUGUAUUUAUCCGUUUGUUGAUAAGCAACAAAUAUGUUGUGGAACAAGGCGGAAGUAGACGAUCAUGAAAUGAAAACAUGAAUUUUAGUGACAUGAAAGAAAUUUAUGUUAUAUAAAUACCAAGCAGUUUCAACUCACUGAAAAGUGGUGCUGUAUACUGAGAUACGGUGUAUCAAGUUUUCUAUAUAAUACAAUACUACGCUUAUAUUGUAGAUUCUUGAAAUUUGACGUGGUACGAAAUUGAGAAUAUAAGUGCCUGCCGAAAGAUGGUGUAUUUGCUGGUCUCCGUAUUGGUAGUGCUGAGCAGUUAUACAGGUAUGAACUGAAAGGGAAAGGUCUAGUGAGCUGGUAGGAAAAGGUUUAGUGAGGUGGUGAAAGACGUGCCUGAAAAAACAUUUCAAGUCUCCCCCCCCCCCUGUGAAUACUGCAACGAGCCAUUUUCCCAGAAAUGUUUCUAUUAGAUCCUAUCUGUACGAGCAUGUUACACGGCGUGCAUGUAUGUCAUUUUAAAGCUUGAAAACGAAUAUCAAUGUUUUGUGUUUAAUUAAGUCAUAUCUUCGUAUAUUAAAAUCAACAAUGUUUGGUCUUAGGCUACUAUAACAUUUUUUAGAAACACUAUUUCUGAGCCUUAAUCGUGCGCAACCACUGCAGCACAAAAGCUGCAAAAUUUAACGAAAUUGAAACUAAAUUUAUACUGUAAACUAGAUAGCCGAUAGCUUUAUUUAAUUGUUGUAGAAUGCAUGUUCUCAUAUAUGUCUAUACAUGCAAUAGUGGUCCAUUGCAACUACAGCAGGAAACCUUGACUAACCUCGAUCUAUUUAUACUCUAUAGUGGGUAUUUAUUUAGAUCUUGUAUUUGUCGUUUCUCCUCCACUGUUGUUCUUGCAAAAUCUAUACUUAAUUCUUCAUUGUCAACAAUCAACAUUCAUGAUAUCAUUUUGUUUUCGAAUUUCGCCUCUGUUGGUCAGCCAAGCCUCUAGAAGCAUAAGCUAAGGGUAAUAAAAGAAAUUUCAAAAGAAACUUCUGUCCACCUUUGUGUUCGCAAAUCUCAGAGGUAAAAUUUUUUUUUGUAUUCCAGUUUGUGCUUAUCUCGCUCGUAUGAAUCAAGCGUACGUCAUUUUGUGAGUGUUUCUAUUUAAUUACGACGUCGUCAUUGACAUUGACAUUAGACAGAUUUAGAAAAGACGACGCGACCUCAAAGACGACGUGAAAAUGGCGUCAAAGUGGCGUGGUACAUCCAUAUAUGGACAGAACACGCCAUUUUCACGUCGUCUUUGAGGUCGCGUCGUCUUUUCUAAAUCUGUCUAUUGUGUUGUCUGACAAUAAGCUCACUUGAACCCCUUCUACAUGGACAUGGUUCAUCUAACUUUCAAUUUUGAAGUGUUGGUUGUUCUAGAUGUUCCGGUUUGAAAUCAUUUUUUAGGCAUAUCAGCUAAACAUUAAAAAUAGGCAGUUUCUUAGAAAGUGUUUUGCCGUGUAUCUACCAAAUUUGGUUGGUAAGAGCUGUCUUGACUAAUUUUGAAAAUUCUAUAAGCGACAUGCACUACGGCGACAGACAGAAAGUAUAAUUAUAAAAAAAUGUUACGGAUUGUCGCUGUUGUUCUUGCAAAAUCUACUUAAUUCUUCAUUGUCAACAUUCAUGAUAUCAUUUUGUUUUCGAAUUUCGCCUCCGUUGGUCGGUGAUUAAACAGUUCUUCGUCGAGGUCCAGUGUAUAAGGAGACCUCAACUAGAUUAACUUCAUUAUACUGGAUAUCUCUAUCAGUCCUGAUUCUUGAACUGUUUUCUUUGGAGGUCAAGUGUAUUUAGUUGAGUCAAGAACCCUCACAGAACUCUCUUAUAAGUCAGAGGUACAGAAAGACACACAUAAAAGGCACUUGUCGCACAAAUACACUAAACUAUUUCAAGUAGAUUGUAGCACUUUAAUUUCGUGAACAUUCGAAUUCGUGUAGCAAUAAAUUUGCAUACAUAAUUAUGUAUAGUAUAGGUGUUAAUUAUCGCGAGACGUUCACUGACCAAAAUUAAAGCAUCAUUUAAAACAUCAAUUUAAAGCAUCAAAAGCAUCCUAUUUUUCGCAGAAUCAUGGAAACUAAGGAAAAUACUGGAAUCCUACACACGGAAAUAACUAAAAACGCGGAAGUAAUUCAAACCAUAUACGGAAACAAUACACCAAAUUAACAAGGAAACAUUGUCACCCGCCAAUUGCUAUAUUUAUAUGCCUAAAUUAGUAAAUAAUUGUGGUCAGUGAACGUUUCGUGUUAUUAUGCAUGCCUAUACUUGACCACACUUCAUCCAUAUUUACAUGUUAAUUAUUAGUUUCUUGUUUGAUUGCAUGCCAGAAAUAUAAUUGUUUGGUACUAGCUUCGGUGAAAACAUAACACGUACGUGCGGAAACAUCACACUAUAAUUAUUAUAACACCAAUUAUGAUGGCGACCAUGAACUUGGAUCGAAAGCUUCACCAAAGAUGAGGCAACGAAAUAAACUUAUCGACAGAACAAAACAAUUAUAUUUAUUUUCACCAUGCAAACCUGUAAGGUCCAUAGAUAUAGAGAGUGCAUCUAAUUAUUCUGCAAUUCAAAAAUUGAAGCCGUGAUUGCAGACUCAGGAUAUUCCCAUGAAAUGAGAAGACUCGUAUGUUUUCUAUUUCUUAAACAGGGAACUUAAACAUUAAGUUAAACCUAUUCCAAAUACAUUUUCAAACUAUUCAAAUCAUGAAAGUUAUUGUUGUUUUUUAAGCGUUUAUUAUGGCGAGUGGGAAUUAACUACAAUAUGGCCGCCAUCUAUUCAAAUGAGGGUAACCGCGCUGGAAUAUUCUUGGCUUCAAUUUUACUGACAGAGAUGCGCUAUCUAUUGUACAUAAGAUAUCUAUGGUAAGGUCAGGGAUCUCAUUGUGGUUUAUUACAAUGGAAUCAAGAUAACCAAAUAUCAGUGAAAAGCAAAGUACAAUUAUUAAAAGAAAAAAAAACCCACAAAAUGCGUCAUAGCGACUAUCUUUUUAUAUUUUAUCUUCAAAUUACGGCUAAUGGAAAUAUUUGUCGGUACUUUAAAAAUAUUUUUAGCUUCAGCGUAAUUAUCUAAUCAUCGGAAUGUUUAUACGAAGUUCUGUCUUCUGUGAAAUUUGCUCAUGGGUAUGGCCAUGAAAACAUGUAUACGGAAGAGUUUACUCCAAUGGCAACACAAUUUAUAAGUCUGCAUUUUAUAGGCAGAAUGAACAUGUGAAAAUUAACUGUAAAUAAGUUACUGUACAAUUUUUCUAACUUUUUUUUUCUUGUCGUUCUCAAGAUAGGCCUACUUUACCCUGGUUGCCAGAGGUUCUCGUAUCUUUCAUUUGAAAUAAAUCUAUAUAACAUUACAAGUGAGCCGGGACGUUUUUCAAAGGUCAUGACAGUCUCGUUAAAAGGUUAAAAAAUUAUGAAAUAAUGGAAACUAUAAAUUGUUGCAUGAUUUAUCUUUAACUAACUUGCGUACAGAAAGUUACAACAGUACAAAAGCUGCAAAAUUCAACGAAAUUUAGACUACUAAGUCUAAGGGCCUGUUUACACUAUACCGGAUUCGCUGGUCACGACGUCUUCUUUAGCCGUUACGGAGCAAUGGUUAGUAGCAAAUGCUUAUUAGUUUGACAGAAUUGGCAUGUUUAUUUGGGUCUCUGAGAUUAAAAAUCUUCACAGCCUUUCGAUGCCUACAAAAUUUGACUCACUCCGAUAGCAAUCCAGUAUAGUGUAAACGGAGCCUAAAUUUAUAUGAACUGGCGCAUGGCUAUAUUUGUUGUAUAGAAUGCAUGUUCUCAUAUAUGUUUAGUCGGGUAGUCCACACAAAAGGCACUUGCUAUUGUCACACAAACACACUCAACUAUUUCAAGUAGAUUGUAGCACUUUAAUUUCGUGAACAUUCGCCGAUUUCGUGUAACAAUAAAUUUGAAUUACGGUCAGUAUAAUCUGCAGACUGCAGACCAAGUACGAAAUGCAGAAUAGGUAUAAAUUGCAGACUGAAAUUACAGACUUGGUAUAAAAUGCAGACUGUGAAAAAACAUAUAUUUUAAUAUGUCAUAUACUGUCAUGAAGUUCAAAUUAUUUAAAACAACUUCGAGUUUUGUGGUUCAUUGUCAAUGAAUGUUAGUGUAUAAGCUUUGUAUAUGCUUUAUAUAAAAAGGAAAAAAGGUUUAGAAUGAUUUUUAAGAUAGUUAGUGCAAAUUAUUGCAAAAUUUAAGCACACUGACAAAAUCAUAAUAUUACUGCUAUAAUCAGGCGUAAGCGGGUUUAAUACACAUUUGUCAUUCGAAUUCAAGGAUAAAUUGUUCUUUCUCAAACUUAAAAUUCAUUCACUACACAAAUUUAUUUCUGUGAUAGUUUGUUGUUUCUAUACUUUCUAGUUUAGUUUGUGUAUCUAGCUCAUUUUUUAAUAGUUCAAUAUUCUUCUUUACUCUUUAGGUAUUAAACACGGUUUACAGUGUCUUAAUUUUGCUUACAUGCAUUUAUACUAUAUUUAGCAGUUCCCACAACUCUCGUGACAUAAAACUGACAUUUGAAUCUUAGAUUAUAUUUUGGUAAGGCGCAUAAUUUUGAAAACGGGCAUAAUGUGUAGUUUUAUAGGUUUUUUUUCACAGUCUGCAUUUUAUAACAAGUCUGCAAUGGAGGUCUGCAAUUUCAGUCUUCAAUUUAUACCUAUUCUGCAUUUUGUACUUGGUCUGCAGUCUGCAGUCUGCGGUCUGCAGUCUCAGAUUAUACCGACCGAUUUGAAUACAUAAUUACAGUAUGUAUAGGUGUUAAUGCGAGACGUUCACUGACCAAAAUUAAAGCAUCCUUUAAAGCAUCAAUUUAAAGCAUCAAAGCAUCCCAUUUUUCGCAUGCUGAUCAUGGAAACUAAGGAAAACACUGAAAUCAAGGCACACGGAAACAACUGAUAAUUUAAAGCCAUGAAACAAUACAUUCAAAUUAACAAGGAAACAUGCAUGCAUGCCUCCACUAAAUAUAUAUAUAUAUAUAUAUAUAUAUAUAUAUAUAUAUAUAUAUAUAUAUAUAUAUAUAUAUAUAUAUAUAUAUAUAUAUAUAUAUAUAUGUAUAUAUAUAUAUAUAUAUGUAUAUAUAUAACAUUCAUAAUUCAAAUUCCUAAUCCAUGCAUAACGUAAUGUAUAAUAUAUGUAUAGUGUAUAAGCUUCCUAUUUCAUCAGUCUUGUACUUGUCGAAGAUCACAGUCUGGCGGUCGAAAGCUCGUCUAAAUAAAUAAUUUUGGUCAGUGAACGUCUCGUAUUAUUAGGCAUACCUUUACCUGAGCGCGCUCCAUCCAUAUUUAUAAACAUGUUAAUUAUUAGUUUCUUGUUUGAUUGCAUUUGUUUGCGGGUAUUUGUGAAAACAUAAUGUGCGGAAACAUCACGCUAUAUUAAUUAUUAUAGCACCAAUGACGACCGGGCUUGGAUCAAAAACAGUUCUCCAAAGAUGAGGCAACGAAAUAAACGUAUCGACAAAACAAAACAAAACAAUUAUAUUUAUUUUUACCAUGCAAAUUACCUGCCAGGUUAGGGGUCUCAUUAUGGUUUAUUAUAAUGGAAUCAAGAUAACAAAAUAUUUUUGAAGAGCAAAAUACAAUCGGUUAAAAGAAAAAAAACCACAAAAUGCGUCAUAUAGCGACUAUCUUUUUAUAUUUUAUCUUCAAAUGACGGCUAAUGGAAAUAUUUCUAUGUACUUUAAAACUAUUUUAGCCACUUCUAAUCAGCGUAAUUAUCUGAUCGUGACUGUCUGAUCCUAUGGUAUACGAAGUUCUGUCUUGUGUGAAAUUUCCUAAGCCCUAUGGGCAUGGCCGCGAAAUGAGGAGAGUUUGCUGUAAUGGCAACAAUAUUUAAGUCUGCAUUUUAGGCAGAAUGAACAUGCAAAACUGUAAAUAAGUCACUGUACUGACUUUUCUAACUUAUUUCUUGUCGUUCCCGAGAUAUUUUAGUUUCAUUUAAUAUAUCGAAAUGAACAAAAUCUAUCAGAUUAUAAAGCAAGUAAUUUUUUUUGAAAGGCCAUGGCGAUCUCGUCAAAGGUUCGAAAACAACGAAAUAAUUGAAACUAUAUUGUUAAUUCCUUUCACCAACUUGCAUACAGAAAGUUAUGCAGCAAGCAGGUCCUCUUGGUUUAUAAAGUUUGUUUCAUUAGUUAACUCCUGAUAAAGAUAAAGAGUAAAUUGGACCUUUAUUAGCAGGGCCGUCCUCAGGGAAUUCUUUAGGGGGGUGUAAGGUCAUUUCAACCGACCAGUACCUGACAUUUCAACCGACCAGUACAAAUUAUUUUUGGCGACCUUCCCCCCCGUCGCCAAAAAAUUUCGGUCGGUGUACCAUUUUAGGGGUUCAAAAAUUUUUCCGGACAUAUCAAAAUUUUUCGGAACUCUUCUCCAUUUAGCAAAACAAUUUUUCUAAAAUUCCGAAAAUUUCUAGAAUAUUCGCCGGAAAAUUUUGUAAAUAUAACUCAUUUUUUCUACUGCCCUGCAACCGACUGACGAACAGGGCCGCCGAGAGGUUGACGGUAGCCCGGGCAAGAAAAUUUUUUUCGGAGACCAACAACCUCUAUCCGCUUGCCCUUUGCGCAAAAAUAUUUAACCCAAAUAGCAGUCCUACCGACUGAAUAGCAGUCCUGCCGACUGAAUACAAUUUCUGGUGGGGUGUUACCCCCCCCCCCCAUAUCUCCGGUCCUGUUUAUUAGUCUAGAAAAGUGGUAUAGAUUGCGCGAUUUUGGGUAUCUCGUUCGAUCGAACUAAUAGCAGAUGAUUUUUGUAGAUGGAAUAUUCGAACUUCUGUUGACAGAAACACCUAUACUCGAGUAGUUUAGAUAGAACCAUGGAUAAUAAAAUAAAUGGAGGGGAAACUAGCUGACGUGACCUAAUGUUUUCAAUGGGCUGAUGGCGUGAUAGGAUGUUGAAACCUAGUUGCAAACCAAAUUCUCAAAAACGGCAUGUUUAGCAAUAAUACAGCUAAACAUUUUAGUCAAAAAGCAAAUGAAUAUAACUACGCCAUUCUACGAUGAAAUCUCUAAGUAUUUCCAGUCAAUUUUAGCAAAUAUUUCAAGCACUAAACAGUGAAAAAGGCAUCCCAAAUUUCGUUAAAAUUGGGGACGCCAUUUCGUAGCUACAAAUAUGUAAAAAAAUACAAAACAAAGACGAAAAACAUUUACCUUGAAUACUUUGUCGUGGCUUAGGCAUGUUUUUAAAACAAUUAGACCGGUUUGUGCUUCAAUAUUACUCUUUUAAGGCGGAAAAUAUAGCGAAACAACAAAAAUGCAGAGAACUUUGCAAUACGCGUGACGUCACAGAUUGCAACUAGGUUGUUUUUGCUUACGUCAGCGAGAGUCCUAUCCAUGAAUUUUAUUAUCUAUGAAAGAACUAACCAGUAUAUUAAUGUUCUUGCUGCAGUAUAAUACUGAACAAACAAUUAAAGUACCAACCUCGCUUGAACUCUAUCUAGGAUGAACAAUUUCGACCUGAUAGAGCUAUUCUUUAUAAAAAAGUUAGUUUAUAGACAUAGUUUAGAUUUCCUGCCACAGCAAUACUACAUAUCGUACUGAACGAACAAUUAAGUUGUGAACUUUACUGGACUUCUAGGAAGAACAGUUUAGAAGUUGACAGAAUUAUCCAAUAUAAAUAAAGUUAGUUGUGAACUUAACCUUUUUAUAUUAAUCCCUUAUGCUUUUUUAUCCCUAGAUGCGUUACCCGCAGAGCCGUUCAUCAUAUACUCAAACAUUACCAACAUCCUUGCUUUGGACUUGAACACCAUGGCGCGGUCUAACGUGUUGGGAGGCCUGGACCGAGUCAUCCCCCUAGGAGUGGAUACAGUGUUUAACCACAUCUACUUUGGGGAGCACACCCUUGGGCGUAUAUAUCGCUCAAAUUAUGAUGGUUCCAGCAAAACACUAAUCAUGGAAGACGUCAAAAAUGUGGAAGGAGUGACUAUUGAUUGGAUCGGUCGUAAGUUGUACUGGACGGCUUAUGAAUCCAAGACGAUUGAAGUCGCGACGCUUGAUGGGAAGUACAGAAAGGUUUUGGUUUUCGCAGGUCUGGAGUACCCCCGAGGCAUGGCAGUCGAUCCUAUUGCCGGGUAUGUUGUUUGCUGUAGUUUAGUCUAUCAAGCUCCCCUCAACGGAUUGCUACCUCUAAUAAGCCCCUCCUUCGCCUCUCUAAUAAGUUUUCGAUUCGCAAAUAGUAUUCUUUUUUUCUCAAAUUGGAAUUGCGACCAGCUAAUUUCAACCAUGGCCGGAUUUUGAGGGGAGGUGUGGGGAGGUGCGCCACUCCCCUGAGAUCGUUUUGCACCUCCCCUGAGAAUUUCUUGCACCUCUCCUGAUAAGUGACGCACCCGUCCCCUUGGGAAAGUUUUUGGUCCAACACUGGACGAUUUUACUCGUUAAAUAAAGGAGAGUCUUGUGCAUUAUUGGGUCAACCAAACUAUCUGCCACGCAUUGUGUCUUGUUUCUUAAACCAUUUUAAAAGCUGCAGUACACCCAAAUGCGUCGUACGUUAUUAUUUUACUCAACAAAGGCAGAGUCUUGAAACCCAUUGGGUUUAUCCAACUAUCUGCCAAUGUGUCUUAUUAAACUAUUAAGCUAUAAUGUACCCAAAUUUGCUCUACUUUAUUAUUCUACAGGGUGUAUAAAAAAAACUGAACCCUUUCAAAUUCAAAUUAGCUAUAACGUAUUGUGGUAAUUUGACAGCUCUAAUUGCUUUGAAUUUGGGUAAGAACACAAGGUCUUGUACUCGUGGGACAAAACUCUUAAAAACUUUUAAAUUUUCUAAUUUUAUUUCUUUGAGUUUCGUCCCAUGAGUACAAGACCUUGUGUUCUUACCCAACCAUUAAUUUAAAGCAAUUAGAGCUGUCAAAUUACGACAAUACGUUAUAGCUAAUUUGAAUUUGAAAGGGUUCAGUUUUUUUUAUACACACUGUAAACUGCCUAGUGCCGGAUUGAUAAUGGGCCAGGAGAGUCUUGGGACUUAAUUGGUUAAUUUCUGUACAAUGCAGUACAACUUAGUACAUGUAUUUUAUUGCCAGCUAUCUCUUCUGGUCAGACUGGGGUGCUGCAGCAGCUAUCGAACGAUGCUCCUUAGAUGGUACUAACCGUGUACCAUUGGUCAAAGAUAACAUCACAUGGCCGAAUGGAGUUACCCUUGAUACCAAUCAAGAGCUAGUUUACUGGAUUGACGCCUACCAUGAUACCAUCAGCUCUGUAGAUUACAGUGGUAACAAAAGGAGACUAAUCUUUCAGGACACCUCUCUUGCUUUGUCGAAGUUUCAUGGGUUUGACUUGGACAUUGCUGGGGAUUCCAUAUAUUUUACGGACUGGCUGAAUAACGCUAUAUAUGAUGUAAAUUUACGCUCUGGCGUUAUACUUCGGAAUUUUUCCGUACCAACGACAAAUUAUAUUAAGGGAGCUAUGGGACUUCGAGUUAUUGACAAUUCGAAACAACAAUCUGGUUAGUAUACAGGGUGUAUAAAAAAAAAGGUAAUCGAAUUUCAGCGCGCUGUUAUACAUGAAUCACUCGGCGUAUGAACAAUUGGUUUUCAUAUUCGGAAAGAUCAGGCUUUUCGCUAGUAUUGAAUGGCAUGCUUUUCAUACCAAGUGGAGAAAAAAUAUGCAUGUACGAGGCCGAUCAAAAAUGUUAGUCAAAAUCGCAUAUUUUCACCUCUGUGCCUAAUUAAAACAAUGCAUAACAAAAAAAGCAAUUAAUCACGAACGUGUCGUAGCUUAGCUAAGAUUUAUUCCUACUUAAUAAUAAUUAUGAACAUGUGCGUCGUUUAUUGAAUCAUUUCAAUAAACGACGCACAUGUUCAUAAUUAUUAUUAAGUAGAAAUAAAUCUUAGUAGGAAUAAAUCUUAAGUACCAAAGGGAGUUCAUUUUCAAUGGUUUUAGACCCAACUCUCAACGGUGAAAAUAUGCGAUUCUGCCUAACAUUUUUUAUCGGAUUCGUAUUUGCUCAUUUUUUAUCCAUUUGGCAUGAAGAAGAUAUCAUUCAACAGCUAAAAGAAUGAUCUUUUCGAAUGUGAAAAAAUCUCGUUUAUACGCAUAGUAAUUCAGAUACUAUAGCGCGCUGAAGUUCGAUUACCUUUUUUUUAUACACCCUGUAGGUUUAGGUCUUGGGAAACUAUGAAACAUUGCUGUACGAAAAUAAUGUGAUUGUAUUUCACGAACAAAUCUAUAUGAUUCGUAACAACAAAUAUGAAACCUUCACUAAUAUGCAAGUGACGUGUUGGUUGCAUUAGAAAAUGAAAUAUUUCAACAAUGAAACGUAGAAAUAAAAAUCUAUAAAAGCAGAUACGCUACAGUUUUACGAGUUCUUUCGUUUACAGUUAAUUUCACAUAACUUUUCCCUGAAUGUUGCGAACUUCGUUCCGAACUUCGUUGUGAAGUUCAAAAGUUCAUACUGAAAUUCGCAAGCCGGUUUGUAAACAAAGCUUCUGAUUGGCUUAUUCAGUUUGUUCAGAUGCCAAUCAGAGGCUUUGUUUACAAACCGGCUUGUAAAUUUCAGUAUGAACUUUUGAACUUCACAACGAAGUUCGGAACGAAGUUCGCAACAUUCAGGGAAAAGUUAUAUGAAAUCAACUGUAAGACUAAUGAACAGUUUUGUGUCGUAUAUACUUUAUAGGAAUCAAAUAAAUAAUUAUAAAAUUGUUUUAUAUCAUUCAAGGCACCAGUAAUUGUGGCAAUAAUAAUGGUGGCUGUGAGCAGUUAUGCUUUCAUAAGGUUCCAACUGGCACCUCCUGCGGAUGUCAGCUUGGCAUGAAACUAACGAGUGAUAACAAAUCAUGUGAGGACGCUUUUAAAGCUGGUAAGGGAAUUUUAGGGAUAAAGAGGGGUUUAUAUUCAGGUGUUGUAAUGAUGGUUCGCUGGCCUCAAUUAGUGACAAAACGUAACAAAGCAAUGGUUUUACUAACACCAACUCUACUCCAAACACCAACUCUGACCCUAAUCCUUACCCUAACCCUAACCUAACCUAACCCUACUACAAAUUCGUUUCUAAACCAAUGUUGAAGAAAAACGUUUUGACGAAAUGCCAUUCUGAGGUCAGCGAAAUAGUUGAUGCCGUAAUGAUGAUGAUCCCUUGGAAUAUUUUUCCGGAUAACAUUUCCAGAAAAUGUUUUCAUGAUAGAGAAAUACGUUUUACGGAGUGCCUCCUGAGAAAAUUUUGCCCCCGCGCAACUUCUCGGCGGCCUGCCCGGUAAUUAUGAGAUACUUUCACUAUGUUCGUACUUGCGUUUUACUUGUACAAUAUGUGACCAGCAAACUUCUCAGGGUAUUCAAAAACCGUAAUUAAAUAUUUAAAUAACUAUCUGGUCAAAUCCGAUAUCUCUAACUUAAUUGUCUUGGCAUAAAAUACGAUAUGGGACUGAUGCGAAUAUUCGGAUUCGACGAGACUAAUGUCUUUGUUUAUAUGUGCAAGUAUGCUCCUUCGUGUUCUAACUCGGAAUUUCAGAUUAUUUUAUUAAUUAAAUUUGGAUCAACACUUUUUAGAAAAACUUGCUUUUUAUGUACUUCGCCUUAAAGACUAAGUAUAUCUUCAGUUUUAAGUUUGUACCAGCUAAGUAUACGUGGAAAUACUUAAUGGAGCACUAUAGUGUGAGUACGACAAAAAGAAUUUCAAUUAUCGUACCUUGUAAUUAAGGCCCACCUGGAGUAGUAGGCUUAACUCGGCAAUGAGAGACAGCGCUCUAACCACAUCUUUCGCCCUUGCUUCCCCAAAGAGGCACCCUACCUACUACAUACAAUUACAGACUUAAGGUUACAGAACACCUUUGAGUGUUAAUUUUGCCUAAAUUUUUUUUAUUGGUUUCAAUGAAAGCAUUAGACUAGUUCUACUAUCUGACCAAGUUUGAACGAAAAAUGUUGAAAACUGGCAGAGUUAUUUAAUAAAAUACAUUUCGCUGCAAUAAGAAAAACAUUGAAAAUGUAAUAUUCAAAUUCAAUUUUCUCCCGAAAAAUUUUACGGUAAUUACUGAUUUUCAAACGAGUUGUGCUCCUGCGGGUUUUAACCAAUUUUUCUCAAAUUUUCACGGACAUAUCUAAAUACGUCAGUUUCAAAAUUGUGUUCGGCUUUUUUUAAAUUUUGGAUAUUUUAAAAAUAAAGAGCAAUUCACUCAAACAAUUCAGAAAUAUAUUGCAGUCGUCAAAGAAAUCGCCAUAUCAGCGGAAUGACGAAAUAAACAAAAAUUUCCGAACACAAUUUUUUAGAACAACUAUUUUACUGUAUAAAAAUGAUGUUUUCAUAAAUAUAACUUAAAACCAGCAGGAGCACAACUCAAAAGCGUAACGGUACCGCGAUUUAAGAUUUUCCUGAAUAAUUCUUACAUUAUUUUAUUGUUUGUUAAUUUAACAACUUUAUCAUAUUUUGCAUGCACUUGAGAACAUUUGGUGAAAAUUUGAUGAAAAUCGGACUGAUAUUGAGCGCGCAGUAGCGAUUUUCCGCAAAACGCCAAAAAGGGUGUCCUGUAACUUUAACUCAGCAGUACGGAGACAGCCCUCUAACCACAUCUGUCACCCUUGCCUCCCUAAAGUAAUACCCUACCCACAACCUACAGUAGCAGGCUUAACUCAGCAGUAAGAGACAGCGCCCUAACCUCAUCUGUCACCCUUGAUUUCCUGAAGCAAUACCCUUCACUCGACCUAAAGUAGCAUGCUAGUAAGAGUUCGUAGUAAGAGACACCGUUCUAACCACAUCUGUUACUCUUGUUUCUCUAAUGGUAUUUCCUUCAGUCGACCUACAGUAGCAGGCUUAACUCAACAGUAAGAGACAGCGCUCUAACCACAUCUGUCACCCUUUCUUUCUUGAAGCAAUACCCUUCCCUCGACCUACAGUAGCUUGGUUAAGAGUCGGUAGUAAGAGACAAUACCCUUCAGUCGACCAACAGUAGCAGGCUUCGCUUCGCUAAGAGACAGCGCUCUAACCACAUCUGUCACCCUUUCUUUCUUGAAGCAAUACCCUUCCCUCGACCUACAGUAGCUGGGUUAAGAGUCGGUAGUAAGAGACAAUACCCUUCAGUCGACCAACAGUAGCAGGCUUCGCUUCGCUAAGAAACAGGGCUUAACUCAGAGAGAAAGAACAGAUUGCUAACUGUAUCUGCCGGUUCCACCCUCGCUAAUGUUAAUUUCCUUUUCCUUACCAGGGUUUAUAAUGUUUGCGGACGCCGAUGCUGGCAAAAUAUACCAGAUGCAAUUGGACAGCAUGAACGUGAAGCCUAUCGCAGUUCCAUUUGAUGAAAAUACCACCAUUAGCAGACCUGUGGCACUGGAGUAUGACAGAGUAGAGGACCGCGUAUACUGGAGUGAUGUUACACUAAAUAUAAUCUGCCGGGCUUUCAGAAAUGGGACUGGUUUUGAAGUGCUUUUCAGGGGUAUUGGCGUUGCCGAUGGUUUGACUAUAGACUUUGCAGGUCGGCAGUUGUACUGGACUAGCACAUCGGAUGAUACCAUUGAAAUUUCUAAACUGGAUGGGUCGUAUAGAAAGACCCUGGUCAGUUUGAAUUUGGACGAACCGCGGGACAUUAUUGUGGAUCCGAUUGACGGGUAGGUUUCAGGGGCUGUUUAUAUGGUCUCGUUUAGCCGGGAUUCAAUGAAGUGUGACGUACUUUGGGCAAUUGCAAUAUAUGUUUCGAUCAGCCCUGAACAAAAGUGAGAUAACUUUAAAUAUUGUUUAAACGAAAUUAGGAACGCGCUAGAAGUUAUGUAGUGGAAGGAGACGAUUAAUAACAUUCAACAACAUUUUUUUGUCUAAAACAUGGAAUUUCAUACAAUUUAUAACAAGCAAUUUUGUUAGAUCAUAUGAAGUGCGACUUAUUUCAAUUGCUCAAAAUACGUCACACUCCAUCUGGAUAAUUUAAUCCACCACUUACGCUGUGUAAGCAUUGGCGUAACGCAUCCUCAGAAGGCUCCUUUCUCAAUCAGCCGCCCCCCCCCCCCGCACUAAAGAACAUGCUGUAUUGAAGUCAACACAUUCGCAUGUGGGAGGCGUUAAUUGGGGCAGUCUGUUGUGCUUCACUUACAUAUCUUUAGUUUAAGAAUAAGGUAUAUUACAUUAAAUUACAUUAGAUUACAUUACAUUAGAUUUCAUUACAUUACAUUACAUUGCAUUGCAUUGCAUUGCAUUGCAUUGCAUUGAUUGGGGCAGUCUGUUGUGCUUCACUUACAUAUCUUUAGUUUAAGAAUAAGGUAUAUUACAUUAAAUUACAUUAGAUUACAUUACAUUAGAUUUCAUUUCAUUACAUUACAUUACAUUGCAUUGCAUUGCAUUGCAUUGCAUUGCAUUGCGCAUCGCAUCGCAUCGCAUCGCAUCGCAUUGCAUUGCAUUGCGAUGCGAUGCAUUUUUUGGGCGAGUUUGUUCGCGCGAAGCGAAAACCAAAUUUCGGCAAUGUGAUUGGUCAGCGAAAAAAUUCGCCGCAAAAAAGUUGGAUCAGCCUACUCUUUUACUUGUCGCUUCGCGCGAACGGAUUCGCCCAGUGGAAAACGUCAUGCUAGUGAUUGUCACUCUACUUCCUGUUAAAUAUUUGUUAAAACUCAGUGGUCCCGUAAUUAUUAUUCAUUCUACUAUUCGUACUAUUCGUCGACUAUUCGCGGACUAUUCGCACUAUUCGUCAACUAUUCGCGUACUAUUCGUCGACCAUUCGCACUAUUCGCACUAUUCGCUUCACUAUUCUAGUUUUAUCAAUUGCCUUACAUCACAUCACAUCACAUCCGCACAUCACAUCACAUUGUCGCAAAAUUAUAACUAAAAUUAGUGAGAGGUAUAUAGGCCUAUUGUGAGAAUAUUUUGGAAUUACAUAUAUUCUAACUACUAGUUCGUGUAUUUUAAUAACUGCUUUUCUAUUUUUCAUUAUUCAAUUUCUCGGAAAUCUAUCAGCAAAAAUUUUUAUGUUUUUUUCCCCGAGGGCCCUCGAGGGGUGCCCUCCCCCCGUUACUUGUCACCAGGACACCCUCCAGUUACGCCACCGCGUGUAAACAUCUCUACUACACGGCAACCCUCGGGGCCAGCCUUCGUCGCCGCUAAAUAUAGGAGAUUACUUAGUAGAGUACGGCAAAAUUUUAUUCAAAAAUGAAUUUUAACAAUAGAUCUUCCCUUUAUGAGUGAAAUUUUGAUCUAGAUAUGCCUGGACAAAAAUUUCAUCACAGCUUGAAAGAGCAUCACAAAAUUAGUAAUAUUCCGAAGUUUCGUUGCGAAAUGUUAUAAAAUGUGGAUAAUAUAGCCUUGCGAAGUUUGCCGUUUUUCAGUCAUUUUGCAUUACAAACGGGAAAUUGAUAAUCGGAUGAUCAAACUGAUUACCAAUUUCCCAUUUGUAAUACAAAAUGACUGAAAAACGGCAAACUUCGCAAGACUAUAUUAUCCGCAUUUUACAACAUUUCGCAACGAAACUUCUGAAUAUUACUAAUUUUGUGAUGCUCUUUCAAGCUGUGAUGAAAUUUUUGUCCAGACUUGUCUAGAUCAAAAUUUCACUCAAAAGGGGAAAGGUCUAUUGAUCUUCGAAUUCGGUCUAUCCAAACGUAUUGCCAUGAAUACAUGGACUGGUAAACAAAUAGGAGGCUUUGGUCGCACAACUUUCAGAGCAAGACAGCGCCUUUCACUUCUGAGAUCCUGGUUUUGAUUCCCGCUGCAUACUCGUGACACUUAUGUGAAAAGUAUCCGUCAACGCUCUAAAAAAGUCAUAGGCUAUCUUAGAGUGAAUUUCGUACGCAUGUGUUGGCAUGAUAUGGCGGAACAUAUCUCACUUUUGGGGAGCUAAAUUUAAAAAACGUUUACCGCAGUUUUUGACUAAGUAGAAACACGAACCGCACACGCACACGGCAUAUAUAGCGUGUAGUGAUUUCUCCUACCUUCGAAAAAUUGUUCAAAAUCUACAAAAAUACGGAUAUGCAGUUAUGCAUAGAUCUAUUGAUCUCAUGACUCAGUGACUCAUGAUGAAUUAAUGAGCAAUCGAAGCAAAUUAACGACCAAUUAUAAGCCGCAAAAAGCUUGAAAAGAUCACUGCACGAUCUGCGCAAUCAGCAUAUAAGCAGUGUUAAAUUUUGUAUAAAUGGUUAGUAUAAAUGUGUUCGUAGUUUGUAUAAAUGGUCUCGCAUUCUGGCAUUCUUCAUUCUGGCAUUCUGGGGGGGGGGGGGUAAUGUCCCCCUAGUUAUGCCAUGAAUUAUUUGAAAACUGUACAGGGUGCAUCAAAGAAAAGGUAUUUGACAUGUUAUUGUUAGGCAUAUGUCUCGAUUGUGCUCAUAAUAUCCCAAAAUUAAAAUUUAAGAGAGUAAAACAAAAGGUUGCUCUCUAAAAAGCAUAAAAGUUUCUCAGAAUUAGAAAUUUCUCAGAAUUAGUUUCUCAGAAUUAGUUUCGCAUAAAAAUUACCGGAAAUAAAAAAGGUUGCUACUAAAAUUCAAAAAGUUUGUACUCAUUGCGUUAAUUUCACGACAUAUGUCAAUUAAAAGCUUUGUACAAUUUCCGUAUAGCCGGGAUAAAUUGUUUGGAAUUAUAAAGAGAAAACGUUUUCUUUACAAAAGCUUUACAAAUAGCAAAACAAUGGUCAUAAAAAGAUUUUAAAAAAAGACAGAAAAAUAUCACAGAAAUGAAGCAACCUCGUACCCAGAGUCAGUUUGCUCGUGAGAAGCAAGACAAUGAAGUUGUCUAUCACAUGAAAUUACAUUUCAUACUGUAAAGUUUGAAUUCUAGUAAAAAAUUGCUCAAAAAUUGCUCAAAAAGGAUAAAAUUCCUUGAAGUUGCUCGAAAGUUGCCGAGCACAAUCGGCACAUGCUUAGUUUUUGUGCGUUAACUAAUACGUCAUGCAAUAGGUAUUCUUUUUCGUAUUUUUUAUUACAACGAAAAAAGGUAAUGGAUAAACGUGAUAAACAAUGCACAAUAGCAUGCCAAAGGUGCACACCCUGUUAUUCAGAACCACAUUAAUUCCCUUAUUUAUUUUCAGUUAUAUGUAUUGGACUGAUUGGGGUCGUUUUCCAAGAAUCGAACGCGCCUACAUGAACGGAGAAAACAGAAUGGAUUUGGUGAACCACACCCUUCGCUGGCCCAAUGGUCUAACAAUUGAUCAUGUCUAUAAUAAGCUGUACUGGGCCGAUGCUAGGGAGGACAACAUAGAAGUUAUGGACCUCGCGACUCUCGGACGAAAAGUUGUCCUCAACAAGAAAAUACUAAUUCGUAAGUGAAACACUUUGUUAGAGGCCGCGGAAGCAUUUCGAAAGUGGAGGGGCAUUGGCCAAAAGGGCACUUUUAUAUAUGAUCAAAAUCAAACGAUUUUAUGUCGUUCACGAGCCGAACGAAAUUUUUUGAAAAUAUGGAGUCUCUAUAACGUUGGAAAUUGAGUCUUUACUACUGCAAAAAGGGCACUUCCUUUCCAGCAAAAGAGGACGUUCAUUCAAGAAAUACUUUUUUCGUUUUUUAAAUGGGUCACUUUAACCCAGAAAAAAGGACGCUUUUUUCACUUUUUUUUUACUGGGGGGGGGGCCUGCACACGUUAAACGCCAAGUCAAGUCUUUCUUAAAAUGGGAUAGCUUUGUUGUUCUAUUAACUCUAAACUGUUCUCCUUAGAAGUCCAGUAAGGGAUAUCGUUUAUUAUUGGUCCACUGGAUAACUAUCUCAGUUCAAAAAUGUUCAUCCUUAUAUAGACGUCCAGGAAGUGUGAUCUGUCAUUGAGCUGAGGCAUAGUAACGCCCAGUACUAGUAACUGGAUGCUCUCAACUUGUCCGACUACCACUUGUCGUUUCUUAUAUGAGUGUUGUCAGUGGAUUCACAUGUUUUAAAAUCAUAGCAUUUACAUAUAUGUAUAUAAUCAGUUGUACCCACAACACAAGGGAAUUCACCGAGUUUAGUUCUUCGCUGCAAAUAUCACGGACGAAAUCCAAUGUAUUAUUCUUGAGUACGCAAUUGCCUCGCUAUGCAUUUGAUAACAUGAUCUCGACUUUCUGCUAGCUGUGAAAAUUUACACAAGUUUCCACAUAUAUUCUAAUUGGAAUGUAUCCGUUGCAUACACCAAAGUGGAUGGGAUAUGCACGUUGAUUAAAUGCAGAUAUAUUUAAUUUCGCACGAUUAUGUUCAAUAGACUACGAAAACUAUCCUGCGUUAACACAUGUUGUCCGUUCAUUUCUGCCAUUUGUUGGAACAUUAUUCAAAUAUUCUAAUCUGUUUAUCCCCCUAUCAAUCAAUGUUAGUAUCACUAAGAACAAGAGAGUGCGACUCAAAGGACGUAUAUCGUUAACGCAAGCUGUACUCAAAUUCAGGCCCCAAGUUAAGGGUGUGUGCUGUCAUUGAAUGGUUGGAGGGCCUUGAAGGGUGAUCAAAGUCCAAUCAUCACAGAUAUCGAUCUUCAUUUAUAUGUUAUACAUGUUUUCAAAUUUUAUUUAGUUGGCCACCUAUUUUCUCUCACUACUCAAGUGAACCACCCCUAUGGCCUAACAUUACUAGACGAUCAUAUCUACUGGACUGAUUGGUAUACUGAUGCAGUAUAUCGUGCUGACGUGAACUCUGGGGCUAAUAUCGUAUUAAUGGCGGGUAACCUUGGGAAACCUAUGGAUAUACAUGCCUAUAGUGGCAUACAGAAACAACGUAAGUGCGUGUAUUAUUACAUUUUACAACGAUAUCGCAAACGUGGUGGUCCAGUGCUACAAUAUUAGACUUUGCCAAAUCAACUUAAAAUCACUUGCUAUACACACAUUAACAUAAACGAUACAUACAUUGACAUGCAUGGCUGGGUGUACGAUACAGCUUUCGCCAAUAGAUGAUUCCCCUUAUUACGUAUUCGUAGCGCUUUGCAUUGUGGUUAUAGUGGUAUCACUGAUAUUCAAUUCAGGUUAUGUAUAAUGUGGUUAUAGUGGUAUCACUGAUCUUCUAUUACAGCGACCCUUCACACAAUACAAUUAAGACAAACAAACUUUAAAAUAUCGGGGGUCAGUUGAAAAGCAGAACACCUCACCAAUUUCUCCUUAUACACAAAUUUCUGUAUAUUCAAGCUUAUACUAAAUUCAUACCAUGCAGAAUAUUUAUAUUUUAAUCGUUUUUCAAAUAUUCAAGCUGGUUUUAAACACGGCUCACAGAGAAUUUUGUUUCUGUAAAUAAAUUUCGCCAUAAAGUAAAUGAAGAGGAAUUUGAACUUUGGCGUAAGUAGUAAUUUUCAUACACAGAAUGGGGAUCGUGUAUGAUUAAUCGUACCGUGUAUAGACAGGCCUUUAGGGUGAUUAAUGAACUCCAAUGAUUUCAUUAGCAGAGUUUUGCCUUGGAUGAGUAGGUGCUAUAUAUGGGGCUACAGGAAUAACCAGAACCGAUCGUCUUCAAUUUUUUUUUCAGAACAAAAACUACACUACACGUUUUCGUUCCCUCAAUCGGGAGGCAAUUUUACCUGCAUCCGAUCUACAUCAUGUCCAUCAAUGAAUGCACCUCCCCAGUGCCCGCCCGGAUACAAUGAAGUGCGGGAGAACUCGACAUGCGGGCUGUAUUGUCGAGAUAUCGUGGGUUACACAUGGCGCUGUCCGUGCAAUGACUGGAUGUCGUGUGCUGUGAAAGAGAGAUACUUGUGGGGAUGUGCCAGUGGCUACUACAGUAGCUUUAGAGUUCGCGAAUGCGCGCAAGGUUUGUUUAUAAUGUUUUCGUUUAAAAAUUGCAAAUCCUGAUUUGUCUCACUGCGUAAUUCAAUUUAAAUUAAAUAAAUGGAGAAAAUUUAAUUUAAAUUUAAUGAUUAAAUUAUUUAAAUUUUGGGCACCUUGCUUGGCAUAUUUCCAGUCCACGUUGACCCCCUUUUUUUACUUCGCCUUUUAAACACUCUGUAUAAAACAAAAAGUAACAAAGUUAACAAAAAUCGUACUUCGUUACAAGUAAAAAGUAUUUUUUUAAAAAAAUACUUCGUUACAAGCUAAUUAAAUAUUGAAUUUUUUACUUAAGGAAAGUGGCGAAGUAAAUUUGCUUAGUUACUAGCGAACACUGCACAGAUUUUGAACAUGGAUAACUUUGCAAUUUGCCUAUGUUCAUUUCCAGUUUUGAAUCAGUACAAAGUAUAAACUAUAAUUAUUCUAUUUUCUUUUAGUGGUAAGGCCUGGUCGCUGUCCAACUAGUGGGAGUCGGGGAUCUCAGCAAUUUUGUAACAGUGACUCAGAGUGUCCGAAUGACGAAAAAUGCUGUAAUUCAAAGUGUGCAACGGUAGUCACAAUAGGUAAGCAUGAUUUUUCUGCUUUGUUCACACUGGUUAGUUCUAUCAGUUAUACUCUGUUGUCCGUACAUGCCCAUGCAGUAAAAGGGACUGCUUAGGCAUGUAGGACGGCAAGACGACGACGACGGUCAAAACAAAUUCCUCCAAAUAAAUGAUAGUAAAGAAAACUUGUAUCUGAAUUUUCGAAACGUUAUUCGAAACAUCGAAACGCUAGUUUCAGGUAAUGGCGCUUAAAAUUACUCUUUCAGACCUUUUUCGACCUCAAUCUUUCAGAAAAUUCCUUAAUAUUUCACACUUUCCGCAAUUCCAGCAUUCCGGGCUCCCUCUUUGGAUAGUUGGGCCCCCUUUUCAAACCUUUUUUGGGAUGUUACACCCCUUCAACUAGUCCCGGCCUUGAAACUUGUCGUAUAUUAUAUUUCGUAUGAAUUUAAUACAGUAUGUAUACGAAGUUGAAAACAUUGACUUUAUGUUUGGGAAGAGUUCGACUGAACCGAAUUUUGAGUUGCACUUGUUACGGCUUGAAAUGCAGGCGUUGUAUAAGCGAUGACUACGUCUAAAACUCCCCUGGGACUUUAAUUAUUUAUAUCUUUUCAUUGACUCAUUGUAUUGGUUGCCAUCGUCGUCGUGUUGCCGUCCUACAUGCUUAAGCUCCCUAAUAUAAUGGUGACCCUUGUUUUCAACUAACUAUAUUUACACUGAAUUGCCCAAUCAGUUCCAAACUCUUUUUCUUAGAGGCAUGUAUUGAACCGGUGUUACUGCAGGAGGACACCUAAGUUAUAAGCUAACUUCAUUUGUACUGAAUAGUUCUAUCAAUUCCACACUGUUCUCCCUAGAGGUCCAGACAGGACCCAUGAGAGGAAACCAGAAUACCAGGAGUAAUAAGGCAUAUGCACCAACCACUGUGCAUUGAAGAACAGCCCUUAGAAUCUCUUCAAUCUUUAUUCAAAUUAUAUCUAGACACUCAUCCCUGCCGAAUAAACAAUGGUGGAUGCGACCAGCUGUGUUUUGGGAUACCUGGUGGACGUAAAUGUGGCUGUGAGAAUGGUACUGAUUAUGACGAAACUCUAUCCAAAUGCUUAAACGAUACAAGCCCUACAUCCACACCACCAACAACACCACCUGGAAAAAGUAACUACAAAUUUUUGUAUGCAGUAUUUAUGCUUAUAUUAGACAGCGCGUGAAAGUCCAGUAAAGGUCAUGCUUUAUUGUCAAGUGUUCCUACUAGAGCUAAGUUAAACUAAACUAAUUGUAUUUAUACUGGAUAGCUCUAUUAGUUCUAUAGUUCUAAGCUAUUCUCUCUAGAUCCCUUAGGGGUUUAGUAAGAGCAAUCCGUUGUUGAUUCAUUGUUGUCACAGGAGAAAUCCUACACUAAAUUAACUAAAUUUAUACUGCAUAAACAGCUUUUUAAAGCUCGAAACUGUUCUCCAAAGACGUCCAGUAAAUGUCGUGCUUUUAUUGAUGCUGUGUUACUACAGGAGGAACCUAAACUAAAGUGACUUUAUUCUGGAUAGCUCUAUUAAUUCUAAGCUGUCAUCUCUCUUGAUCAAUGGCUACUACAAAAUGACAGUCCGGUACACCCAGAGAAAAUCAUCCGGAGUCAUCCGGAGUCUGCUGCAUGUGUGACCCUUCUGAAGACAAUCUUAUUGAAAUGAAUUUAAUUAACUUUUUUAGCUUGCAAGGUACCCCCAGCACCGGGGAACGGCUCAGUCAACUGUGACUCAAACCCUGUGCCACACUUCGGAGAUUGCCAUUUCACAUGUGACCAAGGAUACGAAUUAAUAGGAUACUCGCGGAAUAUAUGUGUCAAUGGUGAAUGGAUUGAUGAUACGCCGACCUGCAUUAGUAAGUGUUGUAAAAUAACUUUAUUCAUAAUGGUAGCUCUACCAGUUCUAAACUGUUCUUUCUAGAAAAGCUCGGUAAAAAUAAUUUUUAUUGAUGCAGUGUUACUAUGGGAGGAAACCUAAAUUCACAUGUGACCAAGGAUACGAAUUAAUAGGAUACUCGCGGAAUAUAUGUGUCAAUGGUGAAUGGAUUGAUGAUACGCCGACCUGCAUUAGUAAGUGUUGUAAAAUAACUUUAUUCAUAAUGGUAGCUCUACCAGUUCUAAACUGUUCUUUCUAGAAAAGCUCGGUAAAAAUAAUUUUUAUUGAUGCAGUGUUACUAGGGAGGAAACCUAAACAAAACUAACUUUAUUUAUACUGGAUAGCUCUACCAGUUCUAAACUCCUAGAGGUCCAGUAAGAGUCGUCUCUUAUUGAUCCAGUGUUACUAGGGAGGAAACCUAAACAAAACUAACUUUAUUUAUACUGGAUAGCUCUACCAGUUCUAAACUCGCUCUUCCUAGAGAUCCAGUAAGUUUCAUACCUUAUUGAUCCAGUGUUACCACAGGAGGAAACCUAAAGGAAACUAACUUUAUUUAUACUGGAUAUCAUUAUUGGUUCCAAGUUGUUUUUCUUUCAUGUCCGUUGGUCUGUUGUUACUACAGAAGGAUAAUAGAUCUUCAAUUAUCAGUUCUAUGCUGCUGCUCCUAGCGAUCCAGUAAUUAAGGACAACUCUUAUUAGUCCAGCAUUACUACAGGAAGAAACCUGUACUAAACCAACCUAUACUGGGUAGCUCUAUCAGUUCCAAAUUGUUCUUCCUGUAGACAUUCAGCAAGUAUCAUGAUCUCUUAUAUUGGUCCAGUGUUACGAUGGGAGGAAACUUAAACUAAGCUAACUUUGUUUGUAAUGGAUAGCUCUAUAGUUUUCAAACUGUUUUCCCAAUUGAUCCAGUGAGGUAUCUGGUGAUCUUUCCUAUUGAACCAGUUACUGCAGAAGCCAGCCGAAGUACCGGAAGUGAGAGGAAAUCUGCUGUGUUUGGUAGAGUCAAACUGGAAUCACUCUUCUCGUAAUUGAGGUGAAAUUAUGAUCAGAAAAGUGCACCUGGCAGAAAUCGAACUCUAGUCGCCGAGAUUAAUGCUACAUGAAAUUUUGCAUUAAGCAUGUACAAGGCACAGCACUCCUACUACCUUCAGGAAGAAACCAGAAAAAACCUGCAAUGCAGUAUUGUUGGGUAGAAUCAAACUGUAUAUAUUCUCUCACACUUAAUGCUUUUGAUAAACUAUCAUCUCUUAUCUUCUAUCAUUUUUUUUUCAGCAAGGAUUAAACCGACAUUCAGUUAUUGUCCCAAUGAUACAACAGUUCCUACAAGCCCAGGGAAAAGUUAUGCAAUAGUAAAUUGGGCAAUUCCCACAGCCACGGACAAAGACGGAGUCAAUCUAAAAGUUAGCAUUUGGCCCACUGGUUAUGCUCCGCCGGUAAAAUUGAAUAUUGGGCUGCACAGUGUUCGUUUAACCACGGCCGACAGAUUUGGAGCAUACGCGGAUUGUUAUUUUUAUAUCAUACUUGAAGGUUAGUUGCGUACAUUAUAACGCUCGGAUCAAACAUUGCUUUUUUUAUGCGAUGAACUCAUGAACCUAAUACAAUUCGAGUCGAUACCAGAGCGACGUUGAGGUAGCCUACGAACAGGCUCUCAAGCUGAAUUGAGAGCCUGCAUCGAUGACUAAUGAAUUUGAAUAUCUGCCCCGUAACGUUCGUUUUUCCAAAUGUGGAAUGUCUAUCCUUAUAUGGUGUUGUUUACAACUUUCGUGCAAACUAAAUUUAGACCGUGUAAACUAAAUUUAGACCGUACAGUUUAUACUGUUUUUCGAAAUAUAAGACAUUCGAGCAAAAGUUCAAUAUUUUAAAUAGUGUUUUCUCAAAACAGAACAUUUCGUGCUUUGAGAUAAGACGACCAAGACCAAUUUGAUCAGUUAAUGUGUUUUUUAUGCAUAGUUCAGCAGUUGACAUAUAUAGAGCUCAGCGGAAACAUAUAAAUUAUAGCAUCUGACCGACCAAUGAGAAUUUCGCGUCACGAUUUGAGACGCAGAUAUUCAAAUUCAUUAGUCGUCGAUUCAGGCUCUCAAUUCAGCUUGAGAGCCUGUUCGCAGGCUACGUUGAGGCGGUGUUGAAUCAAAUGUCGAACUCAAUAUGCCGCUCCCAAUGUAAGUCUUGGUCUAACAAAAAAUAUAUAAAAUUCAUGGAAACAGAUUGUGGAAGGGAUUUGUAGAUGUAAAUUUCGAGUGUGAAUUUUUAUACAUUGUAUUAGACCUUACCCGGAGCAGUCGCCUGGCUAAGUUGCUCCAAACUUUAAUUAAUUAAGCUAAAACUUUAAUUAAAUUAAGUUCGAAGCGUAUACAUGCUAUAGAAGGAGUAUAAAACGACUCUUCAUGAAGGACUCUUAAUGGGGCUUCGGUGGCCAAGUGGUUAGCGCACUUGCCUUUCACCUCUAAGGCCGCAGGUUCAAGCCUCAGCGAGAACUUUCUCAAUGCGACUCGAACCCAGUCUUUAUGUAAAAGUUGUUGGUUUUCUCCGGGUUCCUCCCACAGGUAAAGUUGACAGGGUGGGUUAGGUAAAAAGGGCUCACAGUAAUUGGCAUAUGCUGUUGUGGUGACCCUGCUCUAGUCGGCAAAGUUAUAAAUAAAUAAAUAGAUAUAAAUAUUCAAUUUAUGCAAUUAACGCAAUAUUAAUUGAGGUUAAUGAAGUAAUAUGUCCAAGAAUUAAGACUCUUUUGCCAAUGUAUUAUCAAAACUACUGCACCUUGGUAAAACAAAGCAUUAUUUUCUAAUCUUGCUGCCAAAUCUAAGAGAUUGAACCCUGGCAACACAGCACGCCUUGAACAAUUGAUGCAAACUUGGGCAAUCAACUCUCCUAUAAAUAUAUCCAUCGCAACAAUACAAUGGCCCCAUUCUUAUUGAAGGAAAAUUAGUUACAGGCUAUGUUGCAUUGCCUCAUCACAAUAUUCUUUCAGUUUGACAUACAGACACAGCAAAAUUAUUAAAUAUUAAGAUGCAUUUUUUUUAUUGUAUAUUUCACCAUUUUCACGAUUAAAAGUUGUGCUAAUAGGUCAGUGCAGGGACGCCGGAACGAUGUGAAGGCAAGGGGGGUAGAUUUUCGUGAAAGGGCACUUUUGAAUUGAUAUAUACUAAGAGAUAUUUACAAAACAUUGGGAGUUGAAGUUCGCCUAAUCAUGUUUUCUAUUUAUUCGAUGAUAGGGGUCUAUGGGGGUUCUCCGCCAGGCGAUUGUGCUAUUCUUGAAGCUCGAUGACUGCAUUUCUUGCGUUUUCCGAAGCAAAUCCGUAAAAGAAUCGCACUGACAUUUCUGACAAUUCGCUAUUUCGCCAAGGCAAUCCUUUAAAUUGAAAGGGCACCUUUGCCUCCCUUGCCCCUCCUGGUAAAGGGCAACGGGGGCGGCUGCCCCUCCUGCCCCCCCCCCCCAGUUCCGGCGUCCCUGGGUCAGUGGAUCGAUAUCCGCCACAACCACGCUAACUAGCUAUCAUUAUUAUUAUUGCAGAUCGAGAGCCGCCGACCUUUGGUUCAAGCUGUCCAAAUGGCGUCACAUUAUACACAGAUGACGAACAUUCUACCCGCUUACCUUCCUCUGUUAAGAAGCCAGUAGCCACAGAUAAUGCAAAACCACCCAACCUUUACAUUCAAGGCUACCCUCAUGGCUCUUAUUUUCCUAUUGGCAUCACCGUGGUGAAUUACACAGCUGUUGACGCUGCAGGAUUAUCUGCAAGUUGUGCUUUUAGUGUGACUGUUGUCAGUAAGUAUUUUAUUGUGAGUAUCAUAACAAAUUAAAGUAGAAAAUCUAGUGGGUUUGUGCCUGAACUGCCUGGCCUGAAAACGAUAUCACAAAUUAGUGUCGGAUCCGAGUGCAGAUAGUAUUCUACAAUAGCUGCGGGAUCAUCCUUCGACUUUUAGUUUUAAAUGUAAAAUGGGCAUAGUUCUAGAACUUAAAAUGGGCAGUUCUAAAAUUGAGUUUUCGAGAUUUAUAUGAAAAUUAGUUACAAAUUAAAAAUAGGGCAUAGUCCGGUCUACGCAUGCGCACAUAGGAGUCUCCUGCCGCGAUAUAAACACUUUAAUUUUUACUUUAAUUAGGUUUUUAUUUCAUUUUAUGUUCUUGCAGAGCUUGAUUGUUGUAUCUUGAUCAUUUAUUAUACUGUAGAAGCAUGAAAAUACAAAUAGUUGUCGAAUAAAGUUCAAUAUUUUGAAUAUCGAAAUGUAAACAAAGGCUUUGUUUACAUACGGACUGUACCCUACCUUUAGGCGCCCAUACAGAUAUUUAAGGCAAAAGCAAAACCAAAUGUCACUCUGAAAACGCAGGAAAUGGCCAUUCUGGACUUUCAAAUUUCCGGGGGAGCAUGCCCUCCAGGACCCUCUUAACUAUUCAGGUAUGCAAUACGCCAUUACCUCGUCUCUCGUUACUGUCACACAGUUAGACUGUGUUCACUAUCUCACAGUCUCUUCUAGUCGAAAUGGGCAGUUCUAAAUUUUUCUUAGGAUGAUCGCUGAAUAGCUGCUAUAGUUUGUGUCUGAACUAUCUAAAGAUAUCUCAAACGUGGGCCGUCCAGUGUCGGUAGUACUAUAUAUUAAGAAGCAGCCCUAAUGUUUUGAUAGAAAGAACAGUUUAAAACUGGUACUGUAGAACUAUCCAGUACAAAGUAUGGCACUUGACAUAGCUUAUUUGAAAAAUCAACAACAGUUCAAUUCUCACUUGAUCCUCGAAUUUCGUUUCAGACGUAUGCCGCGGUGUGACGUGUACACACGGUGCGAAUUGUGUCCUGGACACUACAACUGGGAACUCUUACACAUGUGCCUGCAGCGCAAUCUGCCCGCAGCAUUACGACCCUGUUUGCGGGUCAGAUGGUCAGACUUAUAACAACGAAUGCCUCAUGAAUGUCACAAGAUGUUUCUCACGUACAAAUAUUACGGUGGUCAUCAAAGGAGUAUGCGGUAUACAGGCAUAUAAUUUUAUUGUAGUUCCCCUCCACCAAUCGAACCGGUUCAGUAUUGUAGAACUGGAACGCGAACAAUGGGGGGGGGGGGGGGGGGGGCUCAAAGGUAAGAGUAAUAAGGCGUGGGGUGACGAGACGUAGAGGGUAACAUGGAAUGUGCCUUUUGGUUUUAGCAAUUCUUCAAGUAGUAUUUUUCGAACAAUUUAUUUAACUUGAAAUGAAGGUUUCCAAUUAUAGGGAAGCUAUUUCAUGUUGGAGGCCACAUAAAUUAUCUAAUAUCAUUUUGGUCAAUUUACUCGAUUCUGUUUGGUUAAAAGUUGUGCCUAUUAAAAUUAAUCGCACAGGUGUGCCGAAUAAAGAUUAAUCGACAAAAAACCGUGUGAUGUCAAGGUUUAGAACUUACUCUGCCAAAGUACGUUUCAGAUAAAGUUUGAUUUUUGGUCCAUCGUUUGACAUUAUCAAUUAGUCAACGUGCAUGAGAUGCGGAGUAAUUAGAAAAAAUGCUUUUGAAUGUGGCAUCUAAUUUUAUUCUAUAUCUUUCAGGCGACUGCAGCACAGUGCGAUGUGGGUAUGGGGCAACAUGCAAAGUUAUUCGUGGUGUAGCCAAAUGUGAAUGUGACUUCACAUGCACAAAUAGCAAAAGUCUAGUCUGUGGCUCAGAUUUACAGACUUAUGACAAUGAAUGCAAGAUGCGUGAAACUGGAUGCAAUGCGAAGAGAAAUAUCACCGUUCUUGUGAGAGCAAAAUGCGGUGAGUUUGUUCACGUGCAGUAAUUAAUAGUAAACUAACUUUAUACUGGAUAGCUCUAACUAUUAUAAACAGUUCCCCCUAGAGGUCCACUAAUGAGACUACUGGAGGAAACCUAAACAAAAUAAGUCAUCCCUUACUGGUUUAACGUUAGCAUGUAUUAUACGUAGUAUAAGAUCGGACUUUUGUGUAAAUAUUGGGGGAGGUGGAAAAUUUAUUAAUAAAGGUGCAACGAUCUGGGCUGCAGUCUCCGCAUGAUGUUGAGGUUAAGGAUUUAAUCGAUCAAAAUGAGCUUGAGUCAAAUUUUGAUUUUGGGCACUUCAUUUGAGCUUCUUUAUUCUCAAAGGGAGGUGCAUGAAUUAUUUUAGAGGAAGAUGUAAAUAUCUUGGGGAGGUGCGCAACUCCCCGCAAAAUCCUGACAUGCCCAAAGAACAAUAUGCUUAUGAAUGUUACAUUUAUUUUUACUUUUUUGCCUUUCAGGCGACUGCAGCACAAUGCAAUGUAGGUAUGGGGCAACAUGCAAAGUUAUCCGUGGUGUGGCGAAAUGUGAAUGCGACUUCACAUGCACAGAUAGCAAAAGUCUGGUCUGCGGCUCAGAUUUACAGACUUAUGCCAAUGAAUGCAAGAUGCGUGAAGCUGGAUGCAAUGCAAAGAGAAAUAUCACUGUUCUUGUGAGAGAAAUAUGCGGUGAGUUAAUUUGUUCACAGUAAAUAAUAAACUAACUUUAUUUGUACUAUAUUUAUACUUUAGCGGUCCAGUGGGACUUCUGAUCAGUUGGUUAGAGAGCUGCACCGGACUCACAGGGCCGUAGGUUCCUAGCAAAACCUACCGGUUCCAUGCGUUCAAAAUGCUUGAAGCAAAAUGUACUGUACCGUAGCGUAUCGCGUAUGUACUACGCGGCCCUUCCUCAAUUAAUGUCAUUAUUGCAAGAACUUUUCCCCUUGCAUUUUAAAUCUAAAUCUAUGUUAUUUCGUCAAUGAUAUAGGCUGUGAUGAUCUCAAUUUGAGUUCCGAGGAUUUCAAAACCACAAGCGAAAUGGCAUGUCAAAACGUCACAAACUCCGUGAAAUGUGAAGUAAGAUGCAAGGUUGGAUACAAUGCAGUGUUUCCCAAUUUCCUGAAGAUGCAAUGUUAUAACAAUAAAUGGAUACGCAAAAACAAUGUUGGGAAAUAUGUCAGACUUGCAAACGCGAACGCUCCUCCAAAAUGCUAUGGUAAGUUAACUGAGAAUUUCUUGCUGACUGAUUAUAAUCUUUGCUUCAAUCGCUUAUGUGUGAAAAUUCAACGAAACAGGUAAAAAUUCCAACAAUUUCCUCUUGUAAUAAUACUGGAUCAAUAUAUAAGUUAUAGCACUUACUGGACCUGUAUUGAGAACAGUUUAUAACUAAAUAGAGAUAUCCAAUAAAUAAAGUUAUUUUUGUUUAUGUUUCCUCCUGUAGUAACACUGGAUCAAUAAGAGAUCUGAUGAUCUUUACUCAAUACUCAUGCAUCUCUAGGAAGAACAGUUUAGAACUAAUAGAGCUAUCCAAUAUAAAUAAAGUUAGUUUAGUUUAGGUUUCCUCCUGUAGUAACACUGGAUCAAUAAGAGAUGGUCCUUACUGGACCUCUAGGAAGAACAGUUUGGAACUAAUAGAGCUGUCCAAUAUAAAUAAAGUUAGUUUAGUUCAGGUUUCCUCAUGUAGUAACACUGGAUUAAUAAGAGAUGGUCCUUACUGGACCUAUAAGGAAGAACAGUUUGGAACUGAUAGAGCUAUCCAGUAUAAAUAAAGUUAGUUUAGUUUAGGUUUCCUCCUGUAGUAACACUGGAUCAAUAAGAGAUGAUCCUUACUGGACCUCUAGGAAGAACAGUUUGUAACUGAUAGAGCUAUUCAAUAUAAAUAAAGUUAGUUUAGUUUAGGUUUCCUCAUGUAGUAACACUGGAUUAAUAAGAGAUGGUCCUUACUGGACCUAUAAGGAAGAACAGUUUGAAACUGAUAGAGCUAUCCAGUAUAAAUAAAGUUAGUUUAGUUUAGGUUUCCUCCUUUAGCAAUACUGGAUCAAUAGGUUAUAGCACUUCCUGGACCUGUCAUCGACAACAGUUUGGAACAAAUAAAGUUAUCCAGUAUGAAUUAUGUUUAUAGUUCAGUUAGGUUACGGGAACCACGAAGUAUUUCAAUGAACUACAAAACAAUGGUAACUUGGGAAAGGGACGGAUAAAAGGACGGAUAAAUGAGUUAAAUUAAGAACUCAAAUCAACGUUCAGUACAGUACUGUCUAUACCGUCAAUAUUAAUUUAUUUCAAUAUUCGUGUUUUAGAACCAACGCCAAAGAAUGCUUCACCUCCAUAUUGCCCGAGCGGUUCUGUGUUGAUGGAUAGAGAUAGAUGUGGUAAAGUUUAUUGAACAAUUCCGAAGGGUGUGCAAUGUUACAAUUUUUUAAAGCAUUGAUCGUAGAACAACGAUUACUAAGCCUUCUAGAUCUACUUCUUAUAUUACAUGUACGCAUUUGCACUUGAAAAUACAUAUGUGGCAUAUAUUUAUUGCUUUCUUUACUCACACACGUGGGGAAUACAUCCACUCGUGCACACAUGAUUAUUCAACAUGUUGAAUUUUCGGUGAACAUGGCACGCGUGAACAAAAGCUCUUAAAACGUCGCUGGGGGAACUUGCUUGCGCCAAUGGUCACGAGUGAGUUUUUGCUCAGCAGAUAGCUCUCGCGUGCGCCCGGCUUUUGAGUAAAUAUGCUAUUGUCGAUGACGUCAUAUUUGCCAAACUCUAUAUUGAUAUGGGGGGGGGAUCUUCAAAUCAGAAAAUGAUCACUAUGAAAUUGCACCUGUUGUCCCGCAGCAAUUGGCAAUGAUUGUAGUUACCAUUGUUAAUUUAGUUUACGUAUGCACGACAUAGAGGCUGAUAGAGCUAUAUGCGUACAUGUUAUCUAAAACAUGUCUCAAGGAAAUGUGAACAUGGCCCAGUUUACUCUGACGACAUUUUCCAUCUAUUUCUUUCAUUUUCAAUCCCUUAUGAUUAUGUUAUGUACAAUUUAAAACACGAGAAGGAGUGCUUUAUCAGAAUACACGAGAGCGUAGCUCGAGUUUUUUAAAUCUGAUAAAGCAGGAACUGCAUGCGAAUGUUUUAAAUGGCUUAUAAAACGACUCAUCUGAUGAGUUCAUUGGCAAAGUAAUUUUAAAUAUAAACGUUGUCUAAGCCGAGAAAAUCAAAGCUAAAGUUUAUGUAAAUGAACAUGAUUUUUUAUCACAUAUAAAACCACUAACAAGGCAGUGAUUUCCUUUGUCUUUUCUUCAUGAAUUAUUAAUGAGUUUUUUUUAAGAAAAGAAAGUGUCCGAAGAGCGGACACUGUACUUCUAAAAUAACCUGGCUCCGUAUCCAAAAUUGCGUUGCAAGUAAUUGGAGCAAAAAUUGACUCGUUUAACAUGACCUUAAAGUAACUACCCACCGGACACACGACGUUGUUUCAACGUUGAAAUUUGGUAGAAAUUUCGUCGUCGACAACCUAAUAUCUACGUUGCUCUGACGUUGUUUUACAAACAUUGGUUCAACAGCAGCCAACAGACGUUGAAUUAACGUUCAUUCAUGGUUAAAUGUACGACGUCGAUUUGUGAACCAACCUCAACGUUGUUUUAACGUGGAUUCAACGUUGAAUUAUGGUUGACGAGAUUGGCAACCUAAUUUCAACGUUGUUUCAACGUUGAAACAGUAACGUCGAUCCAAUUUGCAUAGUCAACCCUUUUUCAACGUCUAUCCAACGUCUGCAAGGUCAUUUCCAACGUUGAUUCAACGUUGGAUAAACGUAAUUUUGCCCGCUGGGUAACCGUACUAACGGUAACUAAAGGUUAGAUAACUCGCAUUCCGGAUUUAUUCCAAAUCACAGCGGCCGAAUCUUAUUUUUUCUAUAGUUCCAUGCCCUCCAGGAAGCUAUUACAGCAGAGAUGGAGCAGCAUGUUUGCCGUGUGAAGUGACAAUGUACCAAGAGCAGUCUGGAAAAACAUACUGCAAUAAAUGUCAGUCACCGAAGACCUCUACGAUUACAGGAGCUGAGGACUGCUACUUUGAUCAUGGUAUGUCAAUAUCAUGGAUAUUAUAAAACAAUAAAGUGGGCUUUGCAGGAAGAUAGAUAGAUAGAUAGAUAUUUAAUAAAUUUCUCCCUAAAAGGGUUUUUCAGAAAUUAUUUACAGUUACAUGCAUGCAGUAAUAAUUAAGGUUACAAAUAUAAGUUUAAACAAUUAUCAAAGACUAUAUACAAAGUUUAGUUGGUUAUACUAAAUGUUAUCUUUUGCAAGCAAAUGUUUUUAAGUGCUACUUCAAAAAUUUUAAGUGAAGAGCAGUCUUUCAAGUUCUUGUCUAAAUUGUUCCAAAUAUGGACGGCUCUAUAUGUAAAUGAUCGUUGGCCAGCUGCAGUCUUAAAUAGAGGUAUUUGAAGAGAGUCGUGUGUACGAGUCCUACGGUCGUGGAUUGAUGACCUUUUUAUCAAUUUGUUACAAAGGUAGUCGGGUGCUAGGUUAUUCACACAUUUAUAGGUCAAACUGGCGUCUCUAAAAUAUAGUAGUUUGUCUACUGGGAGCCAAUUCAAUUCACGUAGAAGUGGAGUUACGUGGUCAUACUUCCUGGAUUUCGUGACGAUUUUGCAAGCAAAGUUCUGGAUCGACUGAACGUUCUUCACGUUGGAGGCAGACGUAUUCGACCACACCGAAGAACAAUAAACCAUUUUGCUGAUGACCAAGGAUGAAAUGACUUCCGAUAAAGUUUUUGUGUCGAAACUAUUUUUUGCGCGAUUUAUCUGGCAUAAUUUAAAAAGUUCAGGCAAGCGAAAGGGACAAAUUAAGGCUUCCGAAAUUGUAUUUCUUUAAAUUUCCCGCUUUUUCUAAACAUCGCGGCUUUGCAUCCGGGACUAUGAGAAUUUAUAUGUGGGCAAUGACAUUUUAGCCAAUCAGAGAGCGUUAUUUCCCCCCAUUAGGAAGCCUAUAAGAAGCGUUUCUUUUGUAAAUCUAGAUUUGGAUUUUUAGGAUUUGGAUUUUUUGGAUUCGUUAAACAAAUGGAACGAAUUGUGAAAAUCGGAAUUCGCCUACUGCUUUCCCGCCAUUUUUACAAUAAGUUUUCUGUCCCACUAUAUACUGUACCUUUCGGUCGGGUCAAGGUACAUGCUAUACUGUAGAAGGCCAGAAGCUCAAAAGGAACGUUGACUCCUAAUCAAGUUUCAGAUUGAAUCCGAAGAAUCCAUAUGUUGAGAUGGAUUCAUCAGAAUCGAAUCUAUUUUAAGAUUUUGUUAAAUGAAACUGAAAAUCGAUAAUCGGAUUUGAAUUGAAGAUCCAAAUCCGGAUUGCACUAAAGGAACACUCCCAUAUUUCGCUCGAUUUUUCUCGCAAUGCCCCAGUCUGUUCUUUUAUAAUCUCUAUAUGGUCAAUAUUAUGAAAUCUUCAUAACUUUUGAAGCAAGAGUGACAGAUGUAUGAGUAUAUAAAUAUCAUCAAAAAUAAAUCACGCCGAUGUUGUUUACUGUAUAUUCUAGGCUCAAAUGAUGUCAAAAUGGUGUUUGAGAAAAAACGAUCUGAAGUGAGUAGAAAAAUUAAUACUGGUAAUAAAACAAUUAUUCAAUGAUGCUCAACAUGAUAUUUAACAAUUAUUUGCCGAAGGCGAGGUAAUUAUCGAGGAAUUACAAGCCAUUGCCAAAAUGCCUCAAUUUUUUAGGGUUUUUUUGACAAAAUUAUAGUUAUUUUCGAUAAGUACCGAUUUGUUAUUGCGGCUUAAAUUUUUGACUCUCCAAUCGCAAUAGAAAUUAAAAGACUACUAUUCACAAACGAAUGGAUAAAAUUUAAGACGAAACCCACUGUUUUAAACGGAUGAAUGUAAACUUGACCGUUUUGUUCUUUUAUUCGUUUCGAACUUUACAUUUGAAUCGCGGACUCUCGUAUAAUAUAUUCUUUAUUUGAAUUCAGGUUACUGAAGACAAGAUUCGCAAUGAUAUUGCUAAUGGCUUGACAAAUGUUUGCAAGAAAACUACAUGUACUUUUGUGGAUGACACUGCAAGGUUUGUCUUACACUCAUGCGCACUAAACCAAUCAAUAUAUGUAGUUGUUGUCACUGUAUUAUUCUCGCUGCAUUACUUUAUCACUCAUUGACAAUUUUUUGUUAUAGAAUAUUGUUUUGUUCGAUAUAAUAAAACUGUUAUUGGAUUCAUCUUCGCCCAAUAUGCCAAAAUAUUAAGUCUCGACUUCAAUAUUAGGCUCGACCUUCGGUCUCGCCCAAUAUUGAAAUCUCGACUUAAUAUUUUGCCAUAUUGGGCUCAGAAGAAUCCAAUAAGAAAUAGUAAUCAUCAAUAAAUGUCCCAAAAAGAUCACUAUAUUUUGCGGUUCUAUUACGUUGGUUUUAACUGGUCACAAAAUUAAACUAUCCGACCGUAUAUAUUUGGCUUCUGCACUGAAGGUGUCGACACCUUGUUCAACUAAUUAUGGAGAAUGAUCGAAGGCCUAUUUUCUGUAUCUAUCUUCUGUAUCUAUCUUUUCUAACGUUAGGGUUACGCCUCAUGUGAAGACUGAUAAAGAUCUGUGGCGGAAAGUUUGGAAGGAAAUGGAUAGAUUAUCCAAAUAUGCUUUUUCAUGUAAAACCAAGCUCAAUUGAGGAUGAGAGUUAUUGAGAGUUGAUAAUAUUUGCAACUCUCGCCCGCAUUUGAUCGCCAGCUAGCCGUCUCAGGCAUGCCGCAACUGUCGCGCUUUCCCAUCAACAUUCAUCACCUCUGAGCUGCUAGUACAAAUUUUGAUGAGAAAUGGCCACUCUCAUGGAUUCAACAUGAUUUUUUGGUCAACCACCGUUGUUCAUUUCAUUUUUCUCGAAUGUUUUCGUAAAUUUCUCCACACUUAAACUGUCAUUCUUAACUUUUAAAUCAGUGUCACUCAAAUAUGUUAAUUUUUUCUUCCUAUCCAAAUCCCUCUUUUUGCCGACUGGGAUUCAAUAUUUUCCGACUACCUGAUGACUGUGGGAGUCUUUCACCCCCCGCCCACAUACACCCCUUUAGCACCGGCCCUGCAUGUUCUCAAGUUUUCAUCAAAUUUGUUCUCGUUUGACUGGGACAUAUAAGAGUUGAGAAAAUGUCUCAUAUAAAAUCUUGUCUGGUAAUUUUUAUCCUCGCUUGUCCAGAACUUAACAUUCCUUUGAACUCUGAUUCAAUAUUUUUCUCUUGCAGUCGUAAGAGGCGCGAUGUCGUCAGCUAUAAAUUCCAAGCGGCAGAUGUUGUCGUAGUGAGCGUUCAGGAUAUCUCAAACAACGCGAACACAGCUGAGACAGAGGUUAACAUUUUUGUCCUCGAUCCGACCUCAACCUCUCUUCUACCAGAUAAAGCAUUCUCAUCCGAAUCUCUCAAAGACGCGAUUCUCGAAAUGCCAGAUAGCGACCUGCCUUAUACCCUGAAAUCGGUAGAUGGUGUGAAACCACGUAGCAAAGACAACAACCAAGACGGCAACAAUGACGGCAGCAAAGGCGGCAACGAAAACGACAGCGGUUUAAAGAUUCCAGUUGUUGCUGGUGGUAUUAUUGGUGUUGUUGUACUCAUUGGUCUUGUCUUUGCUAUUUAUUUGUAUAAUCGACGUCGCAAGAACAAAAGGUACAUGUGUGUUUUCAUAUUAUGACGUAAACUAGGUGGUACAGAAUAAUAAACUUUAUUAUAUGGCAAGCAUCACUUUCGGUGAAAUGGCGGACUGUGAUUGACUGAGAAGACUGGUGUCCAUUACGUGAAAACAAAGCAUGCAUUUUAAAAUAAAACAGCAAAACUAAUUGAAAAUUUGAAAAUUAUAAUUUAAUUUGUUAUUAUUAAUAAGAUAUCUGCGAAUGGUUUUUAGUGGAAAAGAAGGAUUGAAUACAUUUGUAUUUUUGACCAAAUAUGUACCACCCUACUAAUAUGCAUUUCAAAUCAUGCAUUUCUUGUUUGUUUCAAGUAUAAAUUGCCGAUAAAUGUGAUGUAACGUAUACGUAAUAAACUUUUUAUUAACGUCGCUUGCUCGGUAUGUACAGAGAAACAUCAUUACUGCUCCUCGGAAGAGAAUUACAUGCAGCAGUAUUACAAAUUUUUAAAAGCUGAAAUGGUUACAAAACUGGAAAGUUCAAAAUUCUAAGAAUUAUGCUAAUUGUAUGAUGAAAAAUGUAUUAAAACUAAUUCACCAGCAGUUAUUAUAGAGUCCAGCCCCUCUGGCUAUAAACGAAGACUGGUGCCGAUUAGUGCGUGAUAGAGGUACCCGUAUGUAGGUCGCUCAUCUUAAAUUGUGUAUUGUAGGUGCUUCUAAGAAACGCUUGCAAGGAUGACCGUUAGAUUUCCCACCAACUUGUGGAGAAGCAAGUUAAUGCUAAUGCCACUGACAAUUGCCAACAACAGAGAAGUGUAUUCCACUCAAUUCCCCUUUUGGAAAUACCCUUACUUGUUGGUCUUCCACAAACGGGAAAUACAGAAACCAUGAUUAGGGCGUUGACCAUCAACUUUACAAAAUGAGAAAACUUUCUAAAAUCAUUGGUUAAGGUGGACACACACGCCAAAAUCUGAAUAAAUAAUGUAUUAACAUAUUCCAACUAUGAAACAUACGGCAUCGUCUAAGAAUAAUGCAGAUUGAUAAAGAUAUGCUUCGGAUGUCAAUCUUUCGUCACUAAAGCGGCUAAUAAAAUGGCGGAAUAGAAAACAAUCAAAACACAUUUUGCGCGCAAAGCAUCACGGUUGACUGUGAUUCUUUAAUGUUUACUGAAACUUGCCAAAUUUUGAAAGGAAACCAAUUUCAUUUCAAAUACGUUUUAUAUUUCAGAACGACUCCUUCAGUUCAGUUCAGCAGCGCUGGAGGAGGAAGAAUGCAAAUUGGUCAACUAAACCCCGCUCUCGCGAAUCCUCAUUAUGAAAAUCCCGAAGAAAUUCGCAACGGUCCUCAUCAUGACUUUGUUGGUAAACAAUACCUUCACGCAUGUCAUGCUCAGCAUUUACAGACAUUGCUAAAGUCCAUGUCACAGUGUGCUACUGGGUCUCGUCCUGCCCAUUCAAAGGGCAGGUUGUGGCUACGGCGAAAAACACGCAUGCAAAUUUGCUCAUAUACUUCAACUUUGCAAAUUUGUCUAACUUGCUCAGGGGUCCCUUAUUCACUUGGAAUUCCUAGCGGUUGCCCAGCGGUGCCCAAAUGAAUUACGCCACUUCAUAUGCCAAAUGGAGAUGAGAGUUUGCAUGAGAGUUUUUCAAUUCACAUGCGCCUGUCAAACGAGAAAAAGAGUUGCAUGAAAGUUGAUGAGAGAGCUAGCUGGAUGAGUGUAUAUUAUCGGUCAAACAAGCAAAAGUUCUUAUUUAACAAAUAUAAAACAUUUUCCGUGUUGAUAUACUGUUAUAUCAACACGAGUGGAAAUUGGAAAAAUUGUGUGGAAACACGACGCCUGAAGGGCGGAGUGUUUUCACACAACUUCGAGUUUUCCCAAUUUCCACGAGUUAAGUUUAAUUAUGGGCCCUUGUGUGCUGUUAGCAUAACAAUACUGCCAGCAAUGCUUGUUUUUGACGCUGCUAUAAAAAGAUAUUCAGUUAGAAAGGUGUUGAUUUUUUGUUUUCAAUAUUGUUUUAUAAUAUAGGAUUUGUUAAUUCUGAACGCUGAUUGGCUAAGAGCCGUGUUGAUAUAACUCAUUGUCAACACAGAAACGUCGGAAAAUUUCUUUCUUUAUAUUUCUUUGUGCUAUAUUAUAAAACUUCAGGCGUCGUGUUUUUACACAAUUUCUCGUUUUCCCAAUUUCCACUCGUGUUGAUAUAACUGUAUAUCAACACGGAAAAUGUUUUAUAUUUGUUAAUUCAUAAGCAAAAUAAGUUUAGAUUGUUUGCAAGACUUUAUAUUGUUUUAUAUUUGUUAAUUCAUAAGCAAAAUAAGCUUAGAUUUUUUGCAAGACUUUGUAUUGGAUAGCAACUAACAAAUAUAAAACAUUUUCCGUGUUGAUAUACAAUUAUAUCAACACGAGUGGAAAUUGGUAAAACGAGAAAUUGUGUGGAAACACGACGCCCGAAGGGCGGAGUGUUUUCACAUAAUUUCGAGUUUUCCCAAUUUCCACGAGUGUUGAUAUAACUGUAUAUCAAUACGGAAAAAAUGUUUUAUAUUUGUUUUAUAAUAUAGCACAAAGAAACAUAAAGAAAGAAAUUUUCCGACGUUUCCGUGUUGACAUUGAGUUACAUCAACACAGCUCUUAGCCAAUCAGCGUUCAGAAUUUACAAAUACUAUAUUAUAAUAUAAGUUCUUUCACGGUCAUGACUUGAUUUGUGUCAUCAAAUCUAUGUAUGACUGUGUCAGCAAAUCUAUGGAACAGGAUCCCGUCUAAUGAGUUCAUAUGGUAAUUUCACAGUUGGCUGUUAGCCAAUCAGAGGCCAAAUUUUUAAAAUAAAUAAUGAUUAUCUUUUUACAGUGUACAACGAUGCCCACGAUCCCCCACCUUACUACGACAGUUCUCCUUUUCGUAAAUCAGGCAUUUACCAGACCCCUUCCCCUAAUUUCUAUGAAAUGCCCGACGAAGGACAAGCUGGCCGAGCAUUGCCCGCAAAGGACAAGCUGCCCGCCGCCAGUGCUGUGGCGUGCAUGAUCCCUUCAAAAGAUGUGGCUCAUGAAAAUCCCGCAAAAGCGGACUUCACCGUAACGUUCGCCCAUGCACGUACCAAAUCUAAUGUGUACGAGGUUCCUGAUCAUGAUAUACCUGGAGUUCAGUGUUCGGCCAAUUCGGAUGCUGAAAAUGAAUUGAAGUGAGUAGAAGUUUUGUGUUGUUUUGGAGUGUUGCGGUACAGCGAGUGAUUAGAUAUUUGAUUUAAAAUUAAGUCCAUGCAAUGGUUAGAUUCCAACAAUAUUCUCUUGUCUGAUUAUAGCAGUCACAUGUGAGAAGAGUGUUUCCAGUUUGACAAUUGUAAGAUGAGCAUGAUCAUAAAUAAGUACACUAUACCAGAUUUUGGUAUACAUAUCACCAUGAUCACCGUACAAUAUUCACUUGUCUGAUAAUGGAUAGCUUAAGAUCUACGACGUCGACGUCAGCUAGGACGUCAGGGCUAAGCAGAGGACUGGGACUAGGACGUCGUCCUAAAUAAAUAAACUUCCACUUAAGAUUCGCGACGUAGACAUUUAAACUAUAAAUAUUUACAUCCUUUUGAAAACGAGUUUAAAAGAGACGUGCGAACUAUUACCGUUUGUUAUGCUCUUGUAUUUACGACGGUAAAACGCUUGUUGCGAGGUUGUCGACGUUUGGUGGACGACGAGCAAAUAGAGAGACACAUGCACACUUCAAAAACUAUUACCAAUUUACUUCCGCUUGCCGCCCUAAAUAUUUGACGUCGUAGAUACUUGAGCUAUCGACUUAUUUAGGACGACGUCCUAGUGCCAGUCCUCUGCUUACCCCUGACGUCCUAGCUGACGUCGACGUCGUAGAUCUUGAGCUAUCUAUUAUCGGUCGGAGAAGAGUGUGUCCAGUUUGACAAUUGCAAAUAUCACGUAUCUUAUAUAAUGGAUUUCCAUAUAGUGUAUAAGAGUAUGAUCACAAUACCAGAUUGCGGUACACAUAUCACCAUGGUCAUAAGUAACGGAGUUGUAUUAUAUAUAUAGUAACACUGGCUAAUGAAUCAAGGCGUGACUGAACUCUAAGAAGAAUAGCUUAGGACAGAUAAAACUAUACAGGGUGUAUAAAAAAAAGGUAAUCGAACUUCAGCGCGCUAUUAUACGUGAAUCACUAGGCGUAUGAACAAUAGGUUUUCAUAUUUGGAAAGAUCAGGCUUUUAGCUAUUGAAUGACAUGCUUUUCAUACCAAGUGGAGAAAAAAUAAGCAUGUACGAGGCCGAUCAAAAAUGUUAGUCAAAAUCGCAUAUUUUCACCUCUGUGCCUAAUUAAAACAAUGCGUAACAAAAGAAAAAACAAUUAAUCACUAACGUGUCGUAGCUUAGCUAAGAUUUAUUCCUACUUAAUAAUAAUUAUGAAUAUGUGCGUAGUUUAAUAAAGUGAAAUUCCUCAACUUAAGUACUAAAGGGAGUUUAUUUUCAAUGGUUUUAGACCCAACUCUCAACGGUGAAAAUAUGCGAUUCUGACUAACAUUUUUUAUCGGAUUCGUAUUUGCUUAUUUUUUAUCCAUUUGGCUUGAAGAAGACUGAUAUCAUUCAACAGCCAAAAGCAAAAUCUCGUUCAUACGCAGAGUAAUUCGGAUACAAUAGCGCGCUGAAGUUCGAUUACCUUUUUUUUGAUACACCCUUGUAUAGCAUAUUAAAUAAAUGUAGCCUAAUUAAGGUCCUUAUCUAAAUACAUUUGGAGGUCAGAUAAAGCUAUUCAGAAUAUAUAAUGUUACUUUAUAGUUUAGGUUUCUUCUCCAGUAAAUUGUAGCAAAAACGAUGGCCUUUGUUGGACCUCAAGGAAGGACAAUUUAGAACUGGUAAAGCUAUCCCGCAUAAAUGCAGUUAAGUACUAAAUCUUCUAAAUAUUUUCCAGAUUAAAACCACCACCGACAUUCGACACAACAGUUUCCUCUAUUUUGCCAAAUGUUCCUCGAACGAAGGAAGUUGAUCGCUUGGAUGCCAACGCCAACGAAGCCAGAGGAAGCGAGGAAGCAUCCCGUUCAUAUUACCAGAAUGUUCGCCACUUCACGACAUAGCAAAACGAAACGUGCGACGGUCAUGAUUGUGAUAUAUUCCUUUAAUCCGAUUGGAUAAUUAAGUUUUGAAUUAAAAGUAAUUCGUAAAUGUAAUCACUCACAUUAUGGGCAUGACAUGUUAUAAAUAUCGUUAACAUAUUACUUUCACAUAUAUAAUGUAUCAUAACCCCAUGAUUUUCACUUCUACUAUAUGUAUCCUGCUACAAAUUUGCUACAAGGUUGUUUCACAAGGGGAUACCAGAUUGUGUUCAUACAGCUCGUGCCCACUAUAGCAAGCCUUUUUUAAGAAUUUUUGUGAAUUCUUCUAUGUAUUCUAUAAUCCAUAAUAAUUUUAACAGUAAAAUGCACUUGAGAUGAUAACCAUUUCAUGAUUUGAAAUUUCUUUAAUUUAUGUCUUUCACCUCGCAGGCUUCCAUUCCUGCAAUUUGCAUUCCGUGUAGUUGGUUGUAAUUAUUCUGUCUGUAUGGGUCAGUAUAAUUUAACCUCUUGCUCCUCAGUCGCAUAUGAGAAAAGUGCUCCCAGCUUGUUUACCAUUUACAUGUAAAACCCAUCCGGUUUGAAAUUGUGCUAAUGGUAAGCAAAAUUUCGGAUAGAAAAUCCCAUUCGGAUUAUUCGCUUUCCAUUUAAUAAUUUCAAUUGUUAAAUCGCGAAGAGCCUGGAACUGGUGAAAAAAAUUUAAAAAUGUAAAUGGAACAACAUUUACCGGUUGAAACUUUCCAAUCGGUAAGAGAGGACAACCUUUUCAAACAAACCGUUUAUUCCGGAAAAGUUCCGGUUGGGCCGUCGAAAUAUGCUUGUUCCAUUUACUUUCCGUAUGGAAUCACCGGAAUAUCCAUGUAAAUGGUAAACAACC